AUGGACGCUGACUUGGAUAUCGACCGAACUGGUCUGGUCCCGAAUCACUGUGGCCCCAACGUCCUGCCCGCCUUCGCUCUCUUCUCAAGGUUACUCAGAUUCGCCAGCCGGCAUAAUAGGAUUGCUAUCACGGAUGGGACCACCGGAUAUCAUGCCUCGCAUAUUCAAUUGCUGACUGAUAUCCUCCACCUCCGCAAUGUGCUCGAAGGAUCACUCCACCCGCAGGUGUUUUCGAGGCUCCAGAUCCAACAUGAAGGGCCAGGGCAGGAGGUGUUUGUCAAUAUCAUCGCGCCUGCAGGCUACGAGUUUGCAGUGGCCAUGCUCGCGGUGCUGGCAGCUGGCGCGGUACCGGUCCCAUUAGCCCCUGGUGUCCCUCUUCAAGAAGCUUGCUAUUUUGCCAACAAGUCCCGGGCCGACGCUGUUCUGGCCUCGUCGACUUCGCUGCAGACCGGGAGAGCCUUGGAGGAAGCGAUCAACCAAACCACCAAUGCGAACUUCAAAUGCAUUGAGAUCGAGCCAAAUAUUUACCAGAAGCCACUUCGACCGACCGACAUUGUCAUUUCGUCGAACCUCGCUCUCGACCUCAAUGGUGCCGGUCUCGUCAUCUUCACUUCCGGGACGACAGGUCCCCCAAAAGGCGUGGUGAUGCGUAGGUCAAACUUCAUCGACUCUGCAGACGAAAUUGCCGAUCAUUACGGCUUGGGGCUUGACGACGCUGUGCUUCACCUGAUGCCUGUCCACCAUGCAGCUGGAAUUGGAUUGUCCUUCUCUCCAUUCUUGUAUGCCGGAGCUCGCGUCGAAUUCCGUUCGGGCAGUUUCAACCCGGCACAGUUGUGGCAACGAUGGAGAGAGGGCGGGUUGACCUUCUUCACCGGUGUUCCCACCAUGUACGCCCGCCUGAUGCAGCACUUUGAAACGCACCUGAGUAAGCUUCCGAAUGCGGAACUCAAUGAGUACCUGACCGGUCUACGGAGUAUGAGAGGCCUCCUUUGUGGCACCUCAGCCUUACCAUUGCCGCUGCAGGAGAAGUGGGUUAAAUUGACAGGCGGCAUGAGGUUGUUGACGCGGUAUGGAGCCACGGAGUUUGGGCCGGUCUUCAAGAUGCCAUGCACGGCGUCAGAUGCUCCAAUGGACUCGGUCGGAACGCUUACACCCGGCGUCGAGGUAAAACUCUCUGAAGGCGAUGAAGGAGAAAUCCUCGCGAGAACUCCGUUCAUGUUCUCGAGAUACCUGUUCGACCCAGUGGCAACGGCAAAUGCCCACGACGCCGAUGGGUAUUUCAAAACAGGAGACAUUGCCCGCAAGGUCGGGCCUUAUUAUUUCAUUCUUGGGCGGCAGUCUAUUGAUAUCAUCAAAUCCGGAGGCUACAAGAUUUCGACCUUGGACGUGGAACGCGAGCUGCUUUCUCUGAACUAUAUCGGCGAGGCUAUGGUGGUAGGCGUCGACGAUGACGAGUUUGGACAGCGAACCGCAGCUGUGGUCACUCUGAACCAGAACUGGCCGGAUCCCGCCAAACAACUCACGCUAGAGAAAGUCCGUCGUGACUUACGGGAUCGACUGUCAUCGUACAAACUUCCAACUCUGCUCCGAGUCGUUCAAGAUCUUCCCAAGACCGCAACUGGAAAAGUGUCCAAGAAGAUACUGGGACCUCAGUUGUUUCCCAAGAACGGGCACAGAGACAUACAGAUCUGGAGCAGUGCGAAGCCUGCGCUCGCGUCGAAACUAUAG